AUGAACGCUUUCUCGCGAUUGUUGACCGUUUCUCUUGGUUUUCUGGUCGUCUCCACCCAUUCGUCGACCUCGAAAUCGAGCGCUUCGUGCUCGUUAAUGACGAGUUGUGCAGUCGAAAAGUGUCUGGAUAAAGGUAGGUUUCGUCUAUCUAUCCAUUCAUCGAAACCCAUGAAAUCAUUGUUUUUCUUGAAGAAAUGGUGCGAAAGAUUGUGAGCGAGUCGCCGAGAGACCAAGUAUUCGGCAAUCUUGUGGAGAAGUUCGACAUGGUCUGCAUUGCGGCCAAAUGUGGAAAUGAGUGCGCUCAGUGCAAACAUUGCCAUUAUGCUCUGGAGCAAAUGAGUGCUCUCGCUCAGGGAGAGAAGACUUGUGAGUUUCUGUUUCAUUAAGCCAUCAAAAUAAGGGUUAUACACAUGCACAUAGUGUUCCAGUGUAAAAACGCUGACACCUUUGCUAGAAAUCCUAUAAGAUCCCCGGUUUUCACAGUUUCAAAGAUCCUAUUUAAGUAAGGUGAUUUCGAUUGAUUUGGUUUUGCUCGGACGAUUUUUCGUUGAAUGGAGUUUUAAAUUGUGACUUUGCGCUUCAAUUACUUCACAAAUUUAUAGCCCUAAAGCACUUGGGAUUCAACUUGACAUGUCUUUGGAAAAAUUAAAAACGAAACCAUUUGUAGCCAGCAGUACAGCAGUUAAUUUUGUUAAGAUAAAAAGGUGUUGGAACAGUAAUUAAUUUUUGCAAAAUUUACGGUUUCUUAUUGACAAUAAGUCAUUGUUUUUCAUUUUCAUUACGAUUCGCCCAUCGCCCAUCGAUCUGAAAAAUUUUAGAACUUUUCCUCGGAAAAUUACUUAAUUGAAAUUAGCUAGUGCACACAGAACUACGUAUGAUGCGAACGGAAAAUUACAAAGAGGCACGAUUUUGGUAGAAAUUUAGGAAAUUUGAAAUGUAAGUACUAAAACCAAGGCCGACCGGGCUGCUUUCACACGUUUUCCGUUCAUUUUGAAGUUCACCGUUUCAACGAGUCAAUGAACGUUUACUAGAUAGAAGCCAACUUUGCUCCAUCUAACACCAGUAUUUUUUGAAAAAAUUUGCGCAAGAAAUUCGAAUAUUUUCAAAUAUCCUCAAGAAAUUAACAAAUUUUCAAAAAAUACCGUAGUUUUAGGGGUACGGUUACAUUCAUUGAGCUGUGCGCACCCCCGUUUUUCACGCAAAUUUCGGCCGACUUUGGACACAAAAACCUGCGGCUUUUACGGUUUUUCCGAGACUUUGGACGCGGCAUAGCAAACAUCACAUUAUUUUCCGCCUCGGAAGAUGAUGACAUGGCCGAAGUUUCCAGUGGAGCGGGAUUUCGACCUUUUUGAGGGCCUAAUAGAACGAUUUACGGUUUCAUCAGUUCAUUUUGAAGAUCACAGUUUCAACGAGUGCACGGUCUCCAGAGCUGACAAUGAGCACAAGUGCGCCCCGCCCAAUGGAGCGAUACAUUGGCGCGAAAUUCAAAUUUAUGCAGAAAAAUUUGUUUUUUUUUUGCCAGAUUAGCCACGAAAAAUCGAUAAUUUCUCAUUUGUCUCUCGAUAGACCGAUUCUAUAGGCUAUCACAAAUUUUUUAAGCGAAAGAGCGAUAAAUUUGGUCAAGUCGCAAAUCAAAUUUAUCCGUUUGAAUGUUUUUGGCUAAAACUGCGUGAAUUUCAGUUGUUUUUCGGUAAUUUUCGCGGUUCGAGCGCUCAAAAUGCUUGUAUUUACGUGAUUUGUCAGUCUUAAAACCAAUUCUGUAUGAAAACGGUCAAGAAAGCGCAAAAUGAGAAGUGCGGUUUUGAGGCGGCGAAGGCGAAAACGCAAAGUCCGCGAAAAAUGCGCCAAAACGUCAUUAAUUCUGAGAAUUAGUGUGUUUUCCUUGUCGAACAAUCAUUUUUCAUCGCCUUUGACCAGAAAAAUCUGAAAAAAACCUGCUCAAUUCAUGAAAACGCUAUUUGGCCGCCGAGGCCACGCCCAUAUUGUCAGCUCUGAAGGCCGUGCGAGUGUACGAAAGCUUACUAGAUAAAACCCAACAGUCAUGCAUAAAUAUAUAUCCUGAAAUAUCCUUCAUUUCAGCCGGUCUGUGCCCGAAACUGGAGACGUGCGUGUUCGAGUGUCUGACGGAGGACGUCUCGAAAGUGCUGACUUGCGUGGCCACCCGCUGCAACGUGCACUGCUACGACGGCGAUUGUCCGUCGUGCAAAAUGAUCUCGAGACGCAUCUUUUCGACCAUUUGCAAGCAGCAUGGAAUGACCGCGCAACCACAGAUUCAGUAUGACGGUCAGUUCGAGCAUUUCAACUUUUUCCAUUCAAAAAAUCGAUAUUCAGGUACGUGCCCGAACUUGUUCAUGGAGUUGGCCGAGGAUUAUGUGAGCAAGAAGAAGCACUAA